AUGGUAGAGCACUCGCUUUGCAUGCGAGAGGUACGGGGUUCGAUACCCCGCAUCUCCAUCCAUAAAUAUUUUGUGGGCCAACAACUUUGUGGCCCAAGCAUCGAAGCCCAUUUCAAGAUGACAAGAGUUGUAGAGGCUUCAGCUAAAAGCCCCACAACAUUCAACAAAAAGAGUUCCGGAAAUUCCAGCGUUUUGUUGGUGUCCACGCCAAGAACUUCAUAUAAUGCUGUUCAAAAUGGUUAUUUGCGGCUCAAAAUGAGACAUGAACCAUUUUGUACGACGGUUACUGAUGAGGCUCAGGAGGAAGGGAGCAAAGAAAAUCAAAAAAUAUCUGUGACAUUCAAAGAUGGAGAGGAGCAUCAUAUUGAUGUCCCCAUCGGGAUGUCCAUGUUAGAAGCAGCACAUGAAAAUGACAUAGAGCUUGAAGGGGACUAAGAUGAAAGCUCAAGUGUCACUUGGCUAUUUUGGAGUUGGAGAUGGAGUGGCUGGCCUUUAAGAUUAGAUCGUGAUAUGGCAAUCUAAACUUGCCUGCUUGUGAAGGGUUGCUUGCCUGUUCAACUUGUCAUGUGAUUGUGACCUUACGUUGUUGCAUUCCUAUGUCCUUUAAAGGCUAAAUACUUGGUGGCUUGGGAAGUAUACUGCAUUUUAAUUGGACAUGGGGUACUACAAUAAACUAGAAAAAGCUGCUGAUGAGGAGAAUGACAUAGUAGAUCUUGAUUUUGGCCUCACAGAGACGUAGGUUUCUCUCUCUUGAAAUUCGCUGACAAAUUUUCUUACCACCGAAG